AUCAUAUCCACAUUUUUCUGAUUGUUACUAGAGAACCUGUUCAACAAUUAAAAGAGAGAUAGUAGUAGUAUAUGAUUUUGAUUUAUAUAAAACGAUACAAUUAGUUUAAGUAGAGAAAAUAGAAAUCCCAGAAAGGAAGAAGGGAAGUGUAUAAACCCUAAAAUAGAAAAGCAGAAACAGAAGCAAUCUCACUUCGAUACUUUUUUUUACGAAGAUUUGGGUAAAUGAUGGCGGAGAGAGUGGUGGAAUCAGGCAAGGCAACUAAUGGUGGAGGAGAAGCGGAGAAAUCUCUCAAGGACAAAGGCAACGAGUUCUUCAAAGCUGGCAACUACCUUAAAGCUGCUGCUCUCUAUACCCAAGCCAUCAAGCUCGAUCCUUCUAACGCUACUCUUUACAGUAACCGAGCUGCUGCAUUUUUGAGUCUAGUUAAACUUAGCAAAGCCUUAGCUGAUGCUGACACUACCAUCAAACUCAACCCUCAGUGGGAGAAGGGGUACUUCAGGAAAGGUUGUGUGCUUGAAGCCAUGGAAAAAUACGAAGAUGCUUUAGCUGCAUUUGAAAUGGCUCUGCAGCACAACCCAAAGAGCACUGAAGUUUCUAGAAAGAUCAAGAGGCUCGGUCAGUUGCAGAAGGACAAACAGAGAGCUCAAGAACUCGAGACUCUGAGAUCUAAUGUCGACAUGGCCAAGCAUCUUGAAAGUUUUAAAUCUGAAAUGUCUGAUACCUAUGGAACUGAAGACUGUUGGAAAGAGAUGUUUGCUUUUAUUGUUGAGACAAUGGAAACAGCUGUGAAGUCGUGGCACGAGACAUCUAAGGUCGAUACUAGAGUCUAUUUCCUUCUUGACAAAGAGAAAACACAAACCGAUAAGUACGCACCAGCUGUCAACAUCGAUAAGGCUUUUCAGUCACCUGAUACGCACAGUAACUGCUUUACGUAUCUGAGGCAAUACGCAGAAGAGUCAUUUUCCAAGGCUGCUUGCUUAGUAACACCAAAGAGUAGUAUAUCCUACCCACAGGUAUGGAAAGGUCAAGGCUCAAGGAAAUGGAAACUUGGACAAAAUGAUGGAAUCUUUGUUCAGUUUGAAUCUCCCUCUAUUCGAAAAGUUUGGUUCAUCCCUAGCUCAAACGAAAAGGGCCAAACUUUGUGCAGGGAACCGCAAGCUUUGGAUAUCGGUGCACAUGAGAUUCUCCCUCGCAUUUUCAAGGAGAAAUCGAUAAGUUCGUAGGGUAUUAUUGCUAUGUUGCAGUAUGAUUCUCUAUAUCAAGAUUUUGAUGAAGACUUAAAAGAAAAAAAGAGUUCUUGUGAGUGUGCUACUGAGAUAAUCCACCUUUUUGUUGUUUCUCUUAUCAAAAAGAGCCUUUGAACUUUUGAAUCAAAACUUUGAGGUCAAAAUAGAUAGAGUCGGUCUUAAAACAGACCGAGCUGCCAUCUUCAACA